GAAAUUCUGUGCUCAUCAUUGCGAAUAAUCUUAGAAAAAAUAUUCUGCAAGAUGCCGGGUGUUACUGUUAAAGAUGUGGACCAGCACGUUCUAACCAAAGUGCUGUCCGCUUUCCUAAAAAAAUCUGGAAAGAUUACUGUGCCUGAAAAAGCUGAUUAUAUUAAGACGGGCAAGUUUAAGGAAACAGCACCGACUGAACAGGACUGGUUCUAUACUCGCUGUGCCUCUAUAAUGCGGCAUCUGUACUUUCGUAGUCCGGCUGGAGUGGCCGCCUUCACCAAGGUGUACAGUGGACGCAAGCGCAAGGGGGUGCAACCAUCAAAGUAUUGCCGCUCAUCGGAUGGCUGCAUCCGUAUGGCUUUUCACGCUCUCGAAGCGGCACGCAUGAUCGAGAAGCAUUCCGAGGGGGGUCGCAAGCUUACUCCUGCUGGACAGCGUGACAUGGACCGCUUGGCCAACCAGAUUGUGGUCAAGCAACGUAAAGUCGAGACCAAGCCAGUUAUCUGUAUUGGCGACGAUUUUCUAGGAUGUGCAGAUAUAUAAAAUGAUUAGCUACUUUAUUCCUAACAUGGAUACAAAAUGGCGAAAAAAUUAAAGCACUGACAAUUUUAGCUG